AUGAGAGGCAAAAUAAAUCGGUGCUUAAUAUCGCCCGAAGUUGUUGCUGCAAGAUCGCGCGCAAGCAGUCGCGCGAUGGAGCGGUACGAGAAACUAGCGAAGCUGGGCGAAGGUUCGUACGGGCUGGUGUACAAGUGCCGCAACAGGGAUACUGGCGAGAUCGUGGCUGUUAAGAAGUUCGUUGAGAACGAAGAUGAUCCACUCAUCAGGAAAAUCGCAUUACGAGAAAUACGGAUGCUUAAGAAUCUGAAGCAUCCGAACCUGGUGAAUUUAAUCGAAGUAUUUCGAAGGAAGCGCAAGCUGCACCUGGUCUUCGAGUACUGUGACCACACUGUGCUACAUGAACUUGAAAAAUAUCCUGCGGGCUGUCCAGAGUUGCUAUCGAAGCAGAUAAUCUGGCAGACGCUGCAGGGUGUGGCGUACUGCCACAGACACAAUUGCAUCCACCGAGACGUGAAACCGGAGAACAUAUUACUCACCAGCGAGGGCGUUGUCAAGCUCUGUGACUUCGGCUUCGCGAGGAUGAUCAGUCCGGGGGAGAGCUACACAGACUACGUGGCGACGCGGUGGUACCGCGCCCCAGAACUUCUAGUAGGAGAUACCAUGUAUAGCACACCAGUAGAUGUGUGGGCUAUUGGGUGUGUGUUUGCUGAGCUCCUGUCUGGCGAGGCGUUAUGGCCAGGCAAAAGCGACCUUGACCAAUUGUAUCUUAUUAGAAAAACCCUCGGAGAUUUACUACCCAGGCAUAUGACAAUAUUGUCGCAGAACUCAUUUUUUCAAGGAAUGGUGUUGCCAGAACCUACUAUGUUGGAGCCAUUGGAGAGGAAAAUACCGAAUAGAUAUAGCACCAAUGAACUGGUGUUAGAUUUUUUGAAUAAAUGCCUUGACAAGGACCCGAUGAUAAGGUGGACGUGCGAACAGCUGCUCAGGCACCCUAUCUUCGAAAAUUUCCUGUUCACAGUGCCUCAAUCUAAUCACGAGGAAUAUGAGAAAGUCAGGAGAGCACAGUAUGAAUUCAUGACACGAGGCCAGGAAACAGAAGACACGCCUCAAUCACAAAACGAAACCUACACAGAAGAUCAAGUGAAGAGGGGCAAAAAAUGA